UUCUUCUCAUCUUACGCCGGCGGGCUCGCAACAAAAAAUGCCUCGAGCUGUUAAUUUGGAGGCGGGCAGUUGAGCUUACGGGUUAUCUUUUUCGCGUUGUCUUUUUUCUAUGUGUGUCAGAAUUUCGUCGAGCACAAUGCUUACAAAUCCUUGGUCUAUUGAGAUUCUGCUGAUUUUCUGAUAAUAUUUCCUUCUUUUACCUAUCUAGUCUCCUCUCAGUCGUUGCUCUCAAUCCCUUUAUAAAUCAAAGUCUUGAUCCGACGCACAUCUUCCUUUGUUUGCCUCUACCUACACCCCCGCUGAACGAUGGCGCCACCCAGUCCCAGAAGCAGUUCCCAAGGGGCCAGUGAGACGACGCCGCUUCUGGCUGUCGGAGAUAUAUCGACGGCUGCCGAUCCAGCCUCGUCAUGUGCGAUCGCCAAGAUCGCCGAGGAAACCGGGGAGACAUCCGAGUCAGACCCAGACCAUGGCCCGGCCAACUCGGCGCGAAAUGAUGUGGAAGGUCACAUUCAAGACCAGGACGAGGCCGUCCCCGAGGCCCAGGUCUUUUGGCUUUGUGUUGCCCGCCUACUCGAGCCCGUUGCCUUCUUCUCCAUCUUCCCCUACAUCAACGAGUUCGUGCGCCGCAGCGGUGACGUUCCUGCCGCCCAGGUCGGCUUCUACAGCGGACUGAUCGAGUCCAACUUCUCGCUGGUCCAGGCCCUCGUUAUGGUCUUCUGGGCGCGCUUGUCGGAUCGAAUUGGCCGGAAGCCUGUUCUCAUAGUUUCCAUGGUCGGCGUCGCCGUCUCGACCUCCAUGUUUGGUUUUGCUAAAACCAUCCCACAGAUGAUCAUGCUUCGAAUGCUUGCUGGUGUGUUCUCGGGUACACUGGUCACCAUCAGGACAUGCCUGGCAGAGUUGAGCACACCAAGGACGCAGGCUAAAAUAUUCAGCCGGUUUGCCUUCUCCGGAAACCUGGGCAUAUUCCUGGGACCUCUUAUCGGUGGCAUCUUGGCUGACCCUGUCGGCCAGUAUGGGGGCUUAUUUGAGAAGCUCCCUUUCUUCUCCCGGUACCCAUACGCACUAUCGAGUCUUGCUGUUGGCGCCAUCAGUGCAAUUAUUACAAUUGUGUGCAUGUUCAAGGUUAAGGAGACCAAAGGAGCAGGCAAGAGGGCAUCCUCCGGUACGCAGCCUGCAGCCGAGGAUUCCAUGCCGCUCCGCGAGCUUCUGCGCCAGCCUGGGGUCCUCAUUGUACAGUACGUCGGGGCUCAUCUCGCCCUGCUGGCAUUUGCAUACACAGCCAUCUGUCCAUUGUGGUGGUGGACUCCCGUGGAGCUUGGUGGCUUCCAAUUCAACUCCUUCCAGACUGCAUGCAUGAUGGCGCUGAACGGGAUCUCGCAGGCAAUUUGGCUGAUCUUUGGCUUCCCACCUCUACACCGCCGCCUGGGAACCAACGGCAUCAUGAGACUGUGCGGUACCGUCUACCCUCUGUUCUUUGCCAUCUCUCCUGUAGCCAACUAUUUGCUACGCGCUGGAUACACGAACCUCUUUUGGUCUUUUUACCCGCCGGCACUGACCAUAGGGUGCGGCGUGGCCUUGUCUUUUACUGCAUGCCAGCUUGCCGUCAACGACGUCAACCCCGGCCCGACGGCGCUAGCGACUAUCAACGCCAUGCAACUGAUGAUUUCCAGCAUAGUCCGUGCCUUCACGCCUGCAGCGGCGAAUAGUCUGUUUGCUAUUGGGGCCGAGACGCAGUUCCUGAACGGCUACGCGAUCUGGCUACUUAUGGCCUUGCUAGCAGCAGGAUUUGGUAUUGCUACGAGGUUUUUGCCGGAUUACGACGUCUUGCGUUUGCAGAGGCUCAAGCGGGAAGCCGAGGCGGGAGGGGUUGCUAUACCUUCUUGAGAGUAUUUGCGUCCGUUUUGUUAGUAUGCUCCAAAACGUAAUGGCAAGGGGAUAGGCUUACUUCGUACUUCUUUUUCUACUCGUUCCAAGGGCCUAGUUGACAUGAGCAUGUUGAUGGAUGGGUAUAUUUGAGAUUGAUCAAGUCUAUUAGGGCAACUACAUUAUCGAGCAUGUCAACAAGCGCCUGUGCACAAAAAAGGACAGAGAAGAAGAAGAAAAGCCUUCGGGUAUUUUUUUUUUUUUUUUCUUUCUUCUAUUUUAUAGUAUCAUCUCGAAAUUAUGCGCAGAGAAGCAUACAAACUUGCAACACAUAAUUAAGUGCUGCAAAUAUUCAUACCUAUGAUCCAUCAAGCGUGGCUUACAGUUAGCUUUUGGCCAUAAUAGAACCCGCACAAUGCAUGCGUUGCGUUCACCAUAAUCACUCGAGUAGGUACCCAAGUUGCCAGGUACCUCGG